AUGGAUAUCGAAGAUAUCGUUGGACGAGGACCAGUUGGGAGCAGAGAUGCAAAUGAGAUUAAAAUUCGAACCCGUAAACAAGUGCCAAAAGAGCAACAACCAGACGAUGCAAACGUUGAUUCAAUGGUUCCGGGUGUCGGACAAAAAGUAUGGGUCCGUACGUGGGGAUGUUCUCAUAAUACUUCAGAUUCUGAAUAUAUGAGUGGUCUACUUCAACAAGCCGGAUAUGAUGUUGUUAAAGGUUUCUCUAUUAUAUUUGGAAUUUACUUAAAUGUAACAUUUAAAAAACUGUUCUUAAAAAACCGAAAAAAAAUUUUCAACUAG